CCCUCCCCCACCGGCCACCGGAGACCACCGUGCUUUCCCACAGAGCCAGGGUUUCGGCUGCUCCAGCCAUGGGCGCCGAGCGGGAGGCGAACCCGUCCGUCCUCACCGCCGUCGCCUCUCUCCAGACCUACUCCAUCGCCCUCUCCGCCUUCAACUCCGCAUGGAGCUCCCUCUACUCGGACGCCACCGCCGUCGACUCCGCCCUCGCCGCCCGCCUGGAAGGCUUCUCCCAGCUCGAGCUGCUGUCCUCUGCGAUGGACGGUCCUGGCCUCCGUGCGUACCUCAUAGAGCACAGGGAGGAGCUCCGGGACCCCGCCCGCGCCCUUGACGCCGCCCUCCUCGUGGCCCCCGACCCUGGUCUCCUGGUGCUCGACGCGGCGGCGGGCUUCUGCCGCUCGCCGCUGGCGGAGGGAGAAACGAGCGGCGAAUCCAAGGUGGCUUGCCGCCUGCUUAUCGACCUUCUCGAUCGGAUACGAGCGCUCGGAGUGAAGCCGUCGCUGGAGGCGCGGGAGGAGGCCAGGGCUGUCGCGGCGGUCUGGAAGCGGAGCAAGCGAAUCGAGGCGCAGGCGGUGUUUAAGAACGAGACGAUUGCGUUUCUCCUUCUUGUGGGGGUAUUUGGAUUGGUGGAGGAUGUUGGUGGCACUGACCAGGUGCUUGAUCUGGUCGUGUCGAUCUCGAGCCGGGAGCGUGCCGUCGAGAUCUUCGCUGGCCUUGGGCUCGACCUGGACAAGCAUAUACCUGUUCUCACUCAGACAAUGAUAAACAAAGGCAAACAGCUCGAUGCGGUCAGAUUCAUCCAAGCUCUUGAUUUAGUGCACAAAUACCCUUUAUUGCCUAUUCUGAGGUCGUACAUUACUGAUGCUAAAAAUGCUGGGAACAUGAUCCGCAUCAGGGGAGAUGGUCCUGCCUCUCAGGAUGCAGGUGAUGCGAAAGAGCGUACAUUGCUUGGAGCAUUGCAGAAGUUCAUUAAAGAACACAAGCUAGAAGAACUGCCUAUUUUGGAAGAAGCUAAGAAACGAAUGACACAGUUGGAUCAGCAACGUGCAGAGAGAAAGAGAGCAGCAAGCGCCGCCGCUGCAGCGGCAGCUGCCCAUGAAGUUAGUAAGAACAUUGUUGAGGCCAGCAAGAGACCGCUGUUUCCAGAGAAUGCUGUCCAAGGUUCAUUAAGCCGGAACGUCCGUCCGGUUGGAACAAUGGGUCAGGUCAUGUCAAGGCAGAGCAUCCUCACAACUGGAGUUUCAAACCAGUACCAAGUUGCUUCAAGCCAGAACAUACUCUCCGCUGUCCCUCAUAAUCCAUUGCUACCUGCUGGGAAUCAUCAUCCCGUCGGCAUCCAGAAUCAGGCCCUGGUUUCGCCAUCUAUUCAGACCCAAUACAGGGGCGUGGUGGACUUCUAUGGUGGUGGACCAAGUGGUUUGAAUGUCCAAAGCGUGAACACAUCAUCAAGGUCAAAGCUCUAUUCUGCAGAUCCCCUGGGGUCCGUCUCCGGAGCAUCAGACAGUAAGGGUUCAUCUUACAGCUAUUCAUUGACAAAUAUGUCCAAGUAUAGUGCAUAAUUUAUAUGAUCUACCUGGCACCUGUGGACUAACAUGAAACUGUGGGUUUCUACUCGAGACCUGUUUAGAUUACAAUUGUAGAUAUCAAUAGAUGCUUGGAUACCGUCGUGUAUUUAAUGUCAAACCUAUACUGGUGACUCAAAAUAUACCAUUUAUGUGUGACUAUAAUUUAUGUCGGUGCCCCCCUGGUAUCUCAUC